AUGGGUUCGCAGAGAAGCAGCAGUGGCGAUCUGGAGGAACGCGGCGCCCUCCUCGCGGCGCGAGCGGCAGCAUCGCCGGCCGAGGGCGGCGAGGUCCCGGACAAGGGUCUCGCGGGGGUCAUCGUGCCCAUCAUCAUCAGCGCGAUGGGCGCGUUCGCCUUCGGUUACCAUCUGGGCGUCAUCAACGGACCCCUGGAGGUGCUCGCAGCGGACCUCGGGAUCGCGGGCGACGCGGCCAAAACGGGCAGCAUCGUCUCCACGGUCCUUGCCGGGGCCGCGAUCGGCAGCUUCACCGGCGGGUCUCUCGCCGACUCCCUGGGCCGCAAGAGGGCGCUGAUCGCCAACAGCGUGCCGCUCUUCCUCGGCGCGUUCCUCUGCGCCACCGCGACGUCGCUCAACGUCAUGCUCGCCGGGCGCGCCAUCGCCGGCCUCGGCAUUGGCAUUGCGUCGGCCCUCGUGCCGCUCUUCAUCUCGGAGGUGUCCCCGCCGUCCAUCCGCGGCGCCCUGGGCAGCACGAACCAGCUCUCCAUCUGCCUCGGCAUCCUCGGCGCGCUCGUCAUCAACGUCGUGCUCCCCGCGACGGCGUGGCGCACCAUGAUGGGCGCGGCGAUGGUGCCCGCCGCGGUGCUCGGCCUCGGCAUGCUCCUGCUCUCGCCGGAGUCGCCGCGGUGGCUGCAGCGCAAGGGCCGCGCCGCGGAGGCGGCGCAGGCCGCGGAGAAGCUGUGGGGCUCGGACGCAGCGCUGCAGGGGGGGGAGUCCGGCGCGGGGUCGGACUCGUCGUCCGGGUCGUUCUUCGAGCUGUUCGCCAAGUACCGCAAGGCGACGGUCAUCGGCGGCAUGCUGUUCCUCAUCCAGCAGUUCGGCGGCAUCAACGCGAUCGUGUACUUCUCGUCCGCGGUGUUCAGCAAGGCCGGCGUGGCGUCGGCGACGGCGGCGUCCGCGGCCGUGGGGCUCGUGAACGUGCUCGGCACGGUCGUCGCGGGCGGCCUGAUGGACAAGGCCGGGCGCGUGCAGCUCCUCUCCGGGUCGCUCCUCGGCAUGUCUGCGUGCAUGAUCCUCCAGGCGCUGUCGAUGCAGGUGCCGGCGCUGGCGCCGCUCGCGGCGCCGAUCGCGCUCGUGGGCACGCUGGGGUACGUCCUGGCGUUCGCGCUGGGCGCCGGGCCGUGCCCCGCGCUGCUGUCGUCGGAGAUUUUCCCUGCGCGGGUGCGGGGGUCGGGCGUGGCGUGGUGCAUGGGGGUGCACUGGGUGACGAACUUCGCGAUCGGGCAGUUCUUCCUCGCGGCGGUGCAGGCGUUCGGCGUCCCGGCCGUGUACAUGUUCUUCGCGACGGUGUGCGCGGCCGGGGCUGCGUACGUGCGCGCCUUCGUCAUCGAGACCAAGGGCAAGUCGCUCGAGCAGAUCGAGAUGGCCAUGUCCAGCUGA